AUUACGUUAAAAUUUAGGAACUGUUUGGUCAAUCAUAAAACGUUCACAAAAUGGCAAGUGCAUCAACGGGUAGCACAAAGCAGCGACUUUUGACACUCAUUGAGGAUGUUGAAAUCGCAACAAGGGAGUUAUUUGAGAUUAUGAGCACACCCAAAGGUCAGCAGCGCCCUGGUGCUCCAGAACCCACGGAGCUCAUCCAGCUGCUGGUAGAGAAGGACAAGGAAAUCAAAGAGUGUCUUCAAACAGCAAGUAAACAAGCAGAAAUACAGAAAACUAUUGAUGACUUGAAACAUGAAGUUGACAAAAGAGAUCUGGACAUAAAAAUACUACAAAAGAAUUUGAAAGAAGCUGAAAAUGUUUUAUCUACUGCCAUAUUUCAAGCAAAACAGAAACUAGAGGCAAUCAACAAGGCCAACGAGAAACGGAUAUCAUCCGAGGAGCUCAUCAAGUUUGCUCACCGUAUCAGUGCCAGCAACGCAGUGGAAGCUCCACCCACCUGGCAGCCUGGUGACCCUAGACGUCCAUACCCAACAGACUAUGAGAUGAGAGGAGGGUGGCUGGCCAAGAUGAGUGACAUGCCCAACAACGUGCCUGCGGUACAGUCUCAGGGCUCAUAUGGGGAACCAAUGGCAACUAAUAGAAACCCAGGUCCAGCAGAAAUCUCUGUGCCACCAACACAGUCCCAUCUGGGUUCACUGACCUGGCAGGGUCACGGCGAUGGCCAGAUGUCCAGCAUGGGUUCCCAUCUUCAUGGUAACCAGGGGUCAGAGUUCAAGGGCCACAAGGACGUGGACGAGGUGGAGAUUAUGUCCAGUGACUCCUCAAGCAGUUCCAGUAGUGAUGAAUGAAAAGUGUAAAGUGGGUCACACUGAAAAGGGCUUUCACAGAAAGGGCGUGGUGCAAAAAGUGGGUCAGACGUAAGGGGGUUUCACAGAAAGGGUGUCACAUUUGUGUGAUAAGUGAAAACUGAAACUAGAUCAGUUUCACUAUUUGCAAUAUUUGGAAACUAGGCCAGGUGUCAGACUUUGAACUUGGAAUGUUUGAACUUGUAAACAAGAUCAUAUGUGUCACAUUUUAAAUAAAAAUGUAUUUCAUAAUUUUGACAAAUGCAGUCUGAAUCUAUUUCAGAUGUAAAACUAAUGGAAUCUGAAUGUAUGUUAAAUGUGUUACAAGUAAAGUCAGAAAAAAGGUCCACUAGGUUUUUGAUAGAUCCUUGAAACAGGUUUGAUUCUUGAUAAGUGAAGUUUCAAAUUUGUUUAGAUGCCUAAAAUGUUAAACUCUGAAAUUUGGUUUUAUGCAUGACAAGUGAAACUUGGAAACUAUUUCAGAUUGGUAAGCAUGGCUACUUAAUAAGGCAUAGAAUGGCGACUGGCUUGGAACUUGUUGUUCCACUGUGUACCAAUAAAAGCCAGUUUUGCCACCAGAAAUGUGAUGAUGCAGAUGACAAGUGUGUUUCUUCUGCUUGUCAGCCCAUGCACUCCUUUUCAAGAUCAAGUGUGCUUUAAAAUGGUUCUCAGGAUCUACACAAACUCUAAGACUAUAAGCUUCUUGAUUUGUGGUGUUUCCAAAUAACACCAUGCACCAACUGAUGGCCUCACAGAAGCAAACACCAUGCACCAACUAUUAGCCUCACAGAAGCAAACACCAUGCACCAACUAUUAGCCUCACAGAAGCAAACACCAUGCACCAACUCUUGGCCCCACAGAAGCAAACUUCAUGCACCAACUGUUGGCCUCAAAAAAACAAACACCAUGUUCCAACUGAUUGCCUCACAGAAGCAAACACCAUGCACCAACUGAUGGCCUCACAGAAGCAAACACCAUGCACCAACUGUUGGCCUCACAGAAGCAAACACCAUGCACCAACUGAUGGCCUCACAGAAGCAAACACCAUGCACCAACUGAUGGCUUCACAGAAGCAAACAACAUGCACCAACUAUUAGCCUCACAGAAGCAAACACCAUGCACCAACUCUUGGCCCCACAGAAGCAAACUUCAUGCACCAACUGUUGGCCUCACAGAAGCAAACACCAUGUUCCAACUGAUUGCCUCACAGAAGCAAACACCAUGCACCAACUGAUGGCCUCACAGAAGCAAACACCAUGCACCAACUGAUGGCCUCACAGAAGCAAACACCAUGCACCAACUGUUUGCCUCACAGAAGCAAACACCAUGCAUCAACUGUUGGCCUCACAGAAGCAAACACCAUGCACCAACUGUUGGCCUCACAGAAGCAAACACCAUGCACCAACUGAUGGCAUCACAGAAGCAAGUGGUGCAUAAAUCAUUGUUGAGUCUUGUUGUGUGUGAAGUUUGUAUUUAUGUCUCUGUAAGAUUUCAGUCUAACCAUUCCGGAUCUGUAGUAAUCAAGUUCGCAAGCAAGAACUUUUUCCUUGUUGUUGAAUUUGCAUCAUUGUUUGAUGUUUGUAAGUUGUAUUAAUGGAAUACAUCUUAAACAGACAACUCACUAGACUUUACAUGUUAUUUUUACUGAUUUGAAUAGAAUGUACAUGACAAGUACAUGUAUAUUUUUCAUUUAUUGCUGAAUAAACAAAUGGUCUGAUAA